AGCACAGUGAGUCGCGCGAUCCGUUCAUUCGGGCUCGCACGGCUCGCAUCGUCGCAGCUCGGGUACGUGCUGCUGCUGUUACUACUACUGCUGUUGCUGUUGUUGCUGACGUUGCUGACGUUGCCGAAACUGUCGCUGCCACUGGCGCCGUUGAUACUCUUCCUCAAAGAGCUUCUUUACCGAAGCACUAUAUCUCAUUCUGUUCUGUUUUAUUGCCUUUUUCUUUUGCUUUUUUUUUGUUUUUUUUUUGUUUUUUUGUUUCUUUUUUUUUUACCUUUACCUCACUCCUUUUUCUUAUGUUUUUAUUUUCAUUUCUCUUGCCCUAUUGCGCGUUAUUCAGAAAACGAGAUUUCUCAAUAUGACGAUCAGAAGGCUGCCGUUCAAAAUACUUUUCUUCACGCAUGGACGAGUGUUCUCCAUUUAGAAAAGUGAACGGACAGUACUUGAAAAGUACGAUUAAAACAUUCGUUCGAUCCCGUAUUGUUCUUGAUAGUUCUUUCGAAUAAUGUGGUGUUCAUGUUUAACACCUGGACGAGCAGUUUGAAUGAUCGAAAAGUGUAUAACAACAUUUGGAAACUUCAUCGAUUAUAUUGAAAGCCGAUUAGUUGGUGUUUGUUCGAUGUGAUACGAUAUAUAUAUAUAUUUUUAUAUAUAUAUAUAUAUAUAAUUCAUAUUGAUAUACGCAAGGACGAGUGUUUUUUAAAUUCCAAAGUGAUUUUAAUAAUUCAAAUUAACAAAUUAUCUGCUUGGUUUUUCUCUUGUUUCUUUCUUCUUCUUCUUCUUCUUCUUCAUCUUCAUUUUCAUCUUUUUUUUUUCUAAUAUGAAUCAUUGAGUGCGGUACACUUUUGGAUAAACUCGAAGAGGUCUGUUUAGUUUGUUUUCCCGCUCAGAGACGGGAGACGUGCAUCGAAGAGGUUAACGAAGAAACGACAGCCAACGAUACACUUUGUGCGGUGUGUGAGUUGAUGUAGCGUGUUAUUCGUCGAGUGUUUGCAACUUCUCAAAUUUCAUGAAGUACGAGUUCGCGAUAUGAAUUAUUUUUGAACAUUUUUCCAUAUUAAUAAACUUUCAUCCGAUUAACAUGUUUAUUUCCGGUCAAAGGUUUUAACGAAGAUUAAAUUUUUUAAUUGGAGGAUGGACGUAGAAAUGAUCGGCGCACGUUGGUUCUCGUUGUUGAUAAUAACGUUGAUUAUUCAUUGAUAAUGUUGUACGAUAACGUUUGAAAUUCGCGGAAUGAUUCGCGGUUUCGUUAUUAUCCCAAAUAUAGAAAAUUCAACGACAAGUUAUUGGGAUAUUUAUGUUAACGUUGUUUGCAUUUCUAUCGGUGUACCGUGUUCUCCGUGUGUGUGUGCGGUGUGAUCGGUGUGACGGGGCACGUGGCCAGUAUGACUCUCAAAGGUCACAUUAUCGUUAGCGAUAUUUAGACCGUUGGAUCUAAUGGGCCGACGUUUAACAGGCUAUAGCCAGUUAACGUGCGUCCAUUUAAUAAACACACUCAGUUCGUAUGCGUCUGUUCCACAACACGGUAUCGGGUUACUACGGUGUUCAUCCCUUUCAACCUCGUCAUUGCGAAGUUCGUCGUUGAUCAUUCCCGCAUACGGUACCACCAUCCAUUCGUUGCUCAUUCGUUUCUGUCUCCAUCGGUCUUCCGUGGAAGUGCCGUGAAACACGAAGAAGCAUGAACUCGAGCAGAAUGUUCACUUCUCUGGGGCCAACUAAUUCGCAUCCCGCCAUUGAUGAUUACAGCGAGUUAGUGGAUUUAAGAGGUCGACUGUGCGACGGAUAUUUUGGAUUAAAAUUAAAAGGAUUUCUCACGGAGACAGUGUACGUAUGUGCAGUGCCAGAUGUUAGUUAAGUGAUAUUUGUGCUGAGAGAUAGAGAGAAAUAAACACACACACACACACAUACACACACAUAUAUAUAUAUAUACACAUUCAAUACACAUAGAACAACGUGUAUACAGUAUCAGUGUGUCGAGGACAGUCGGAUCUUCCUCGUAAUUUCCGUGUCCCUGGUCAGCCCUAAUCUGGUUUCGGCGUUAUUUGCUAAAGGGGGAAUGAAGGACAAUACGUAGGGACUGGCCCUUCUCGUUUUGGAGAUGUGCCGCUAUCUACUGCACACCACCCUCGCCCUCCCCCUCGUACUCUUGGCGAUUCAUACGAUCACCGUUGUACGAGCUGGCGAACAAGAGAGGGAAGUCUGGUAUGAAGGCGCUAGACGUGCGAUCGAGGCACGAAUCCGUGCGGCUACAAGCUCAAACGGAGCAGGAACAGGAGGAGGAGGAGGAGGUGGUGGUGGUGGUGGAGGAGAAGGAGGUGGAAGCAUACCAUCGAGUACCGUAGCACGCGGGGUCGUCCUUUUCGUUGGCGACGGCAUGAGCAUGAGCACGCUUACUGCUGCGAGAAUACUCUCGGGUCAACGUCAUGGAAAUACAGGGGAGGAAGCUCAACUCGCAUGGGACAGCUUUCCAGCGGUGGCACUCUCUCGCACUUACAACAUGGAUGCGCAAGUCGGGGAAUCAUCGGCGUGCGCGACAGCAUUGCUUUGUGGCGUUAAAGCGAAUUAUGAAACGGUGGGUUUGGAUUCCUCGGCUCGUUUCGAAAAUUGUUACUCGAGUUUCGACGCGCGCGUCCCAUCACUCAUAAAUUGGGCACAGGGCCAAGGCAAAUCUACGGGCUUGGUUACAACCACAAGAGUCACGCAUGCAACACCAGCAGCCCUUUACGCUCAUGCAGCAAGUCGUUAUUGGGAAGAUGAUGGCAAAGUUCCACCUGCGUCUCGUCCUUCCUGCAAAGAUAUCGCUCGACAACUUCUUGAAGAUGAGCCCGGACGUAAUAUCAACGUAAUACUUGGCGGUGGGAGACGUCAUUUUGUACCCAAAGUGACCUUGGACCCGGAAGAACCGGACAAAGAGGGUAGACGAUUAGACGGUAGAAAUCUAAUUGAGGAAUGGUCACGGAACAAUCGCAUGCGGAAAGUUUCCGCGAGAUACGUCUCCAAUAAGGAACAAUUUGAAAGCGUUGACGUUCGAAAAGUUAAUUACUUAUUAGGACUAUUCGCUUAUUCUCACAUGGAUUUUGACGUGGAUCGCAACACGACUGGUACCGGGGAUCCUUCUCUAACAGAGAUGACGUUAAAGGCAUUGCAUAUUCUCGCAAAGAAUCCGGAAGGAUACUUUCUCUUUGUAGAGGGCGGUAGAAUUGACCAUGCUCAUCACUACAACAACGCUUAUCGCGCUCUAGACGAAACAUUAGCAUUAGAAGAAGCAGUUCGAGCGGUUGUAAAUGAGGUCGACCUUACGGAAACUCUCAUCGUCGUGACGGCCGAUCAUUCUCAUGUCUUAACUCUUGGUGGUUUAGCAACGCAUCGUGGCAAUCCUAUACUUGGCUCUGACAGCAAGGUGUCGGAUGUUGAUGGACAACCCUACACGACGCUGCUUUACAGCAAUGGUCCCGGAUACACGCAUCCACGGAAUAUUUUACGUGACGCCAGCAAGGAUUCCAUACAGACAGCAGGGGUUCCACGUGCCUGGGCUACACACGGCGGCGAAGACGUCCCAGUGUUUGCAAUUGGUCCACUAGCCAGCAUUCUCUUCUCCGGUAGCAUCGACCAAAGUUACAUACCACAUGCGAUCUCGUACGCUGCCUGCUUAGGCCAUCAGGCGAGUCGUUGCUCACGAGACGAUAGUAGUAGUAGCAUCGGUAGCAACGACACGAUGAACGCACCGAUAAGCUGUCCUUCGGCGGAACCGAACAGUGCAGCGAUAUCGAGCGACGUGAUGAACGAUCAGGCACGAAAUCCUAGCACGAAAUCCGUCGCUUCCCAACCACCUAGCAAACCCCGACAACCCCUCGACGAUCUUCUCUUUGCACUCCUCUUACCCUGCCUCGUUGCGAGCCUCCAACAAGUUUUCCACCUACCCCUUUCCAUCGACUAGCCUGGCUUCUGCCGCUAUUCGCUUUAUACCCUUCUACUACCACCACCAUCAACAUUAUCAUUAUUACCACCACCAUCAUCAUCACCAUCACCAACACCAUUACCAUUACCACCACCAUUACCAUCACCCUGACUACCUGCCUGCUUGCCUGCCUGCCUCCCUGCCUACCUACCUACCUAACUACCUACCUACCUACCUACUUUCCUGCUUGCCUCUCUGUCCGCCUACUUGCCUCCUGGCUCUCUUUUAACCCUAACAGGCUUUCAUGUCCCGUUGGACGAACAAGAGCAGCCUCGAUCUAGCCUGCGUAUAAUCUCCUUUGAUCGUGCCCAUUCCAAGAGACACUACUACUACUACCUACUGACCACGAGAGCGUGACUCUUCAAGAGGGGUGAAAGCCACAGAGAAGGGAGAAAACUGAUAAAUAAUUAUAUCGAGUUCAUCGAACUUCGUCUCCGGUUCUUACCUUACGGUGUUCAUUUUCUUCGGUGGAAGGACCGCUCGAUCAUGGGGAAAACGAAGACGCUGAUGUAAAUUUCAAGGUUUCGUUAGAGAAAUUUUAUUUAAUAGAGUUAAUUAUCUCUCUCCUCGUUAAGGAUGAGAACAUUUUGUGUAUAAUAAUAAUAAUAAUAAUAACAAUAACAAUAAUAAUAAUAAUAAUAAUAAUAAUAAUAAUAAUAAUAAUAAUAAUAAUAAUAAUAAUAAUAAUAAUAAUAAUAAUAGAUAGAUAGAUAGGUAAGGAAAAGGGAUUUGGAUUGUUUUGCGAACGUUUGCUCGUUAAAAGUGGAAUGUAAUUGAAAUAUCUAUGUAUUGCGAUCAGCUCUGGAUAGAUUUUUAUAAAUCGAGUGAUCAUGUGCAAAGUAUUGUUAACCCUUAAAUGCAUAAGAUUACAGAAUGACAACAUAUUAAUAUUUAAUAGAACUUAAUGGGCCAUGUAACGUAUCUAUGCAUUGCAAUUUUAUCUUUUUUCUUUUUUUUUCUUUUUUGAUUUUUUUUUGUUUUUCUUUUGUUUUUUUUCUUUUUUUUUAAUUAAAUUUUACAAAAAUAAAUAACGACAAUGUAAUAUCUCAAUUAUAUUCAUUAUCACGUUUACUCGAUAGCUGAAAUAAUAAUUUGAUCAAUAAAAAUCUCUAUAAAAAUAAAUCGUGCAUUAAAGGGUUAAGAUGAAUUUUUGUCAAAUUUUAAUAAUCUUGUGUGUGGUACAAGAAAAAGAAAAAGAAAAAGGAAAAAAAAAAGUAGAAAAGAAAAGAAACGAAAAAAUAAAAAAUCAAUAACGAUUUCGAGAGAUCUGUUCAGAGUUAGCAAACAGUCAAUAAUCACGAAUCUACGUAUAGAUCUUCGUGAUUUCGUGUAUCUUUUAAAUUCGAAGGACAACGAGAACGUACGGAGAGUAAGUACAGUGUAAAGGCUAAGAAUAAGUUGUAAUCGAUGUAUAGAUGAAAAAAAAAAGAAACGUAAAGAAACAAAAUAUCGAAAACAGGGUCGAAUAAGAAGAAGAAGAAGAAGAAGAAGAAAAACAAAGAAGAAGAAGAAAAAGGAGAUUGAUGUAAAAAGUAACUGGCAAAUAACGGAGAACGAAUCUCUUGGAUUCAUGGCGUUUAGCUAAAAGCCGCAUUGUCGAUACUCGAAAUCAAAUUUAUGAGCAUCCAAAGCUCGUCGUAAGCAUAAACUGAAUCAUUAUUAACGAUCCCAAAGAUUUCCUACUCAUUUUCUUCCAACAUUUGUUGAUGUUACGAUACAUGCAUCGUCGAAUCGAGUUACCUCAUUAGCAUAAACUCGAAAGUUAUGAUACACAUGUGUCUAUAUAUAUAUAUUACACAUAUAUGAUACACUAAUAUAUAUAUAUAUACUCUCAAAGAAUUAUCCUUCUUCCUUUGAUUUUUUCAGCUAUUAUAUUCUUUAAUUGAUAAACAUAUUACAAAAAAAUUUAUUUAUUUAUUUUUUAUUUAUUUAUAUAUUUUAAAUAUGUAUAUAUAUAUAUAUAUAUAUAUAUAUUCGACGUAUUAUCAUUUUAUCUUUAACAACAUAAUAAAUAACAAAUGUGGUUACAUUGAUAAGCGUAUUACAAAGAAAUUUAUUUCUUUAUUUAUUAUUAUUUGUUUUUUUUUUUUUUUUUUUUUUGCGUAAAAGGAAUAUAUGUAAUAAUGACGUAACUCGAACGUUUGUUUACUUCAAUAGCAAUAUAUGCAUGCUCGCCAAGAGAAGUUAGAAAAGUGAUAGAAAAAGAGAUGGGAAAUAUCAAGAUGGAGAAGUAUUAUCUUGAGGGAAUAAGAAUCGAAGGUUUAUCCCAUAUGAGAUUCGAUCAUGUAGAAACGAUACUCGUGAUCCCAAUGGGCCAUGUUUAUGCUUAAAAAUUCAAAAUGCAUUAGAUGUGAGAUACCAAAAAGCCGAUAACGCGUAGAAUCUGCCACGAUGCUUCUCUGUCUUAUCUGAUCCGUGUGUGGAAACACAAAUUUCGAGGCACGGAUCCAACAGAAAUAAGGGCAAGUGGGGAAGGGGGGAGGGGGUGGGGGUUAAUGGAAAGAAGAGUUGGGGAAAUUUUCGAUAGAAUGUUGGAUUUCGCGCGAUCUUUGCCGAAUAAUUUAUAUAAUAACCGGUAUGGCGGAUGGGAAAUUGCAGGGAAUAAAAAAUAAGGAAAAAUAUAAGAAAAAAGAAGAAGAAGAAGAAGGAGAUAGGUUUCCUUUCGGCCCUUAAACAAAUUUCUAACAAAAUUUCUUUCAAAAUUUCCUUCUUUUUUUCCCAUUUUUCUUCACUUUUCCUCUUCCUCCUCCUCUUCUUCUUCUUCUUCUUCUUCUUUUUCUUCUUCUUCUUCUACUUUCUCUUUUUCUUUUCUCUCUAACUCAUGGCUCAUGGCAAAGCCUCCGCCAUCAUUAUAAACGUUAAAAUACGCGAUUAUUCUCUAAAUAUUGCGUAGAAAUUGUCGGCCAAAGUUAAAUGAGUUUUAAAUGGUCGAUCUUUUAACUGGGAUUAGCUAUAAAUGACGAGUUAAGUUCACGAUAAUCGGAAAGAAAGAAAAAGAUAGAGAGAGAGAAAGAGAGAGAGAAAGAAAGAAAGAGAAAAAGAGAGACUUUUAAUCUGCUUACCAAAUUAAUCAAAAAAAUAAAAAAGUCCAUUUUAAUCUGUCAUUAUCCGUGAAUAUUUUGAUUGUUAUCUAAAUUUUAGUAAUUUUAGUAAAUUCGUUGUUUGAAUUUUAAAAUAAAAAAAUAAAGAAAAACAAAAAAAAAAAAAGAAAGAAAGAAAGAAAGUAAGAAGGAAAGAAAAAUAAAAGAAACAGUCUCGGACAGAGGAGGAUAGAAAUGAAAGAAAAAUACUGACUAAUGUUAAAAAUUGUAGACAGAACUAAAUAGAAAUGGAAGGUCUGGUCUAGUCCGAAGUAAAGCGUCCUUGUUAUUUGUUGUUGCGAAAUAAGAUUAUUCGGACAUGUUCGCUAAAAAGAAUUCCGGAAAUAGGGGUGUCCCUUUGUCGCGGUCGUCACGAUUGUUAUGCGGAGAACUUCAGGUACGGUGAACAAUGGAAAAAAACUUAAAAAAAAAAAGGAAAGAAAGAACGUAGAAAAAAAAAAA